CGUGCCUCAUUCAAGUGAACGUCGUCGACCAUGCAAGCAAAAGGUUUCCAUACAACGCUCUCGACUAAUAUCUCACUCGAUGCACGGCAUGAAUAUGCUGCAUGCAACCUCUUCGUCCUCCACGAACUUCCACCUGACAUUAUCAUUGACUCCUUUGAGCUCAAUGACUAUGGACUCCGCUCUCAGUUUGUAGGGAAUACGAAUCUGGAGCUACCUACGUCGGGUACAGCGAAUGAAUCAAGCUGGCUGCUUGUCGCUCUUGAGCCGGACACGGACGUGGUCGUGGUGAACGUGCCUAUCCAUGUGAGGUACGGUGUGCCGCGCGAGGGUCAUAACCCUCGUCAUAAUAUCCAACUACCUCCUCCGACCUGUUUCUGGGGCUGUCCUGCUUCAUAUAAAUCACUCCAAGGCACCCUCCCAUCCCAGUCUCCCAAAUUUCAAAUGCUCAACGCUUUUACUCGGUUUGAAAUUCUUCAACACACAACCUCAUUACCUCCUUCACUUGAUAUACCUAUCGGCAACAUCAAUCACAUCCUCUAUAUCGAGUUAUGUACCGUGAUUGUUACCCUCUUUGCCUUCGUCUACAUUGCCCAGCGCUGUCGGACUCUCUCCAAAAUCCUCUAUUCUCCACACUUCAAGAUGCAAUAGCUCUUUGUAGUACAGAGUAUAGAGAAACGCAAGCAAGAUAUCACUCCCAUACCCACCCCAACCAAUAAAACGCGUCCACAUGUUUACCGAUCACCCCCUACACGAUCACACAGCGCCGUUGCUUCACCAUCUUCCCCCACCGCCCCUUCAUACUCUCUCGCAGUGCAAGGUUGAACACGUCCUGCACACCGCUUCCCGUCU